AUGCCCGGUUCCACGGCGCAGACCAACAAGUUUCAUACGUUUUACCUUCAGCAACGCGCUGAGCAGUCGGUGACUUGGGCCGACAUUAAGGUUAACCAUCCGUUGGACUACGAGAGCAUAAAGGAAUAUAAUCUCACCAUACGAGUGGAGUGGUUACAUCACACAAUGAAUAAUGGAGCUCAACAGUUGGCCUCUGAAGCGACCGUGUAUAUUAUGCUGGAGGAUGUUAACGACGAGAUACCACUGUUCACUGAACGAGAACAGGAGACCGUGCUCGAGGGUGAACCUGUGGGUAGCAAAGUCACCCAGGUGAACGCUAUCGACAAGGACGGAACAUUCCCUAAUAAUCAGAACUCCGUAUGA